CGGAACGACGAGCAAGUUUGGGCCUCUUCGGCCGCCGCCCGCUCCAACAUGGCUGCCCCCAGGGAGAAGCGAGGCUGACGUGAAGGUGGAGAAUGCAGACCCUAAAUCCCUCAUCUGUGGAUCGCAGCGCAGAGUUCGGGAGAUGGAAGGCGCAGAGUCUGAGCAAAGCGGACCUAAGCCGGAAGGGCAGUGUGGACGAGGAUGUGGUAGAGCUUGUGCAGGUCCUGAACGCGCAAGAACAGUUUUUCACCACCAGCUCCUGCGCUGGCCGCAUCCUCCUCCUAGACGGGGGUAUAAAUGGUUUUGAGGUUCAGAAACAAAACUGUUGCUGGCUACUGGUUACACACAAACCUUGUGUAAAAGAUGAUGUGAUCGUGGCUCUGAAGAAAGCAAAUGGUGAUGCAGUUUUGAAAUUUGAACCAUUUGUUCUUCAUGUGCAGUGUCGACAGUUGCAGGAUGCACAAAUACUGCAUUCGGUGGCAGUAGAUUCCGGUUUCAGGAACUCUGGCAUAACGGUGGGAAAGAGAGGAAAGACUAUGUUGGCUGUCCGAAGUACUCAUGGCUUAGAAGUUCCAUUAAGCCAUAAGGGAAAACUGAUGGUGACAGAGGAAUAUAUUGACUUCCUGUUAAAUGUGGCAAAUCAAAAAAUGGAGGAAAACAAGAAAAGAAUUGGAAGGUUUUACAACUGUCUACAGCAUGCUUUGGAAAGAGAAGCUAUUAGUAAUUCACAUCCCAAGAUCAAAGAGAAAAAUAACCCUUUAUAUACUCAUAAGAAAAAAAGAAACCCAGAAAAGGCACAUGGAAAAUCUAUUACAGAAAAAUAUAAUGAAGAACUUGAAAAUGAUGAUGAUGACAAUCCAGGAAUCAAUGUUGCCAUCUUUCCUGAAGAUUACUAAGAUUUGAUUCUGUAGUGUCUUGGUAGAAUAAUGUUUCUAAUAGAUUUUAUAAAGCUGCUCUUUAUAAGAGUAUUUUACUUUGUUGAAUGUAUUAGCUAUUCCAAAAAGCAAGAUUUAAUUUCUCUAUAUUUUAGAGAAACCCAUCUUAUAAACAUAGAUGGCUUUUAAAAAUAGCUUUGUAUAAUGUUUGUUCAUUAAAUGCUGCCUUUUUAAGUUACAUAGAGAUUUAUCGCAAAAGUAAAAUUGUUGUUUUUUUAAGCCUCUUUUUUUUGUUUGUUUUAAGUUCUUCUGUAAAACAGGAAAACUAAGUAUAAUAAUACCCUGUCAAGAGACCCUUAACAUCAGGGACAUUUGAGUAAAAAAAUCUACUGAUAUUUUUUUUAUUUUUAACUUUGAAACCUCUAGCCUUUAUAGGAAGGAUCAUCAGAGUUUGCUUCUGUUGCCAUGGAGUCCAGUGACAAGUUUUUUCCUCUCUUUUCACUUUGUGAAUAAAACAACUGAUACCCUUUUUGUUCAGGACAAAACA